AUGUCCUGUCCUUCGAGUAGCGACAACGUGUUCGGACCACGAGUCCUCGAAGGGUGUCGACCAUUUGACUUUACUCUGCUUUUCGAGGAUGCGAUCUUCGCAGUUCUACCAGCUGGCAUGUUUCUGCUGUUGGCAGCGUGCCGGCUUCCAUCACUGAUCCGCGCGCCGAUCAAAGUCACAUCGCAUCGGCUUGCAACGUGGAAAUUGGGUGCCCUCGUGGUGUUGUUGAUUUUCCAAUUGGUAAAUCUAGCUUUCCAGCGACAAAUUCCGCUUUUACAUACCCAAGCCUCAUUGGCAGCGAGCAUUCUCCAGCUGUUAGCUGUGGCUGCAGCGGCUCUGCUCUCAUGGCUAGAGGAUCAACGCUCCGUUCGUCCAUCAGACCUUAUGGUACUUUACUUCUUUGUCGCGACGAUACUUGCCAUUCCUCGAGCUCGUACCUUAUGGCUACUUUCGCCAGCUGUCAAAGUCCAAGCCAUCUUGUGGACGUUCGUCACUAUUGCUACCGCAUGCGUGUUAUGCCUCGAGUCAAUUCACAAAACCCAACUUCUCCGCUUGGCAUAUCGACAGUCAAGCAAAGAACACACAUCCAGCUUUUGGGUUCGUAGCUUUUUCAUCUGGGUUUUGCCACUAUUCCAAAGUGGUUACACCUCUAUUCUCGCUCUUCAUGACAUGCCCGAAGUGGACCAUGAUCUACAAGGGGAGUCAGCAGAGAACCGACUUCACAGAGCUUGGUCGAAGAGUCAGCAUAUCCGAAAGUAUAAAUUGGUUCGAGUCACGUUUCGUGCAUACCUUUGGCCGUUUGUCAGCGCAGUGGUGCCUCGAUUGUGUUUAACGGCAUUCAAGUUUUGCCAACCAUUUCUCAUUUCUGCGACUAUAAACUUUCUCAGUGAUGCAUCGACAGCUGAGAACCCAUACUAUGGACCUUCCUUGGUGGGCGCCUUUGUAUUGACUUAUCUAGGAAUGGCAGUAUCCACCGCUGCAUACUGGCGCCAGACAUUCCGGUUCAAUACGACCAUCCGAGCAGGCCUCAUCUCCUUGAUCUACCGACAAACAAACAAGAUGAACGCUGCUGAAUUCAAACAAGAAUCAUCUAUCACGCUCAUGGGUACCGAUGUGGAGCGCAUCGUAAGGCACUUCUGGAGUAUCCAUGAAGCAUGGGCAGGUCCCGUGGAUGUGGCUAUAGGUGUCUUCCUUCUGGCUCGCCAGUUGGGCAUUACCUCUUUGAUCCCUGCAGUCAUUUCAAUCAUUGUCGUACUCGCGACCAUACCGGUUUCAAAAAGUCCGGCACAGCCCAAAAACGGUGGAUCGAACGGGUUCAGGCGCGCUUGA